UGAGAUUCAUAGCUUCGAAAGGAACUCUUUCAUUUAGAUAAGAGAUUAUCACACGACAGAUGAAAGUUGAUUUCGACAUUAUUAUUGAAUAUUAGGGUCGGUUGUUCAGCGAAGUCUUGAAUGGAAAAUGUUACAAAAUAAAUGGAAUGGGUAAUAAAACAAACAGAACGAGUAACAUAACAAAUGGAAUGGAUAACGAAAGUCAACAAUUUAAGCUUGAGUUUGGGUUUAAUAUUGUCUUACUAGGAGAAUCCGACGUAGGAAAAACAUGUUUAUUUCGAAAAUAUACCACUGGAAAAUUCAAAGAAAAUUUUAAUCAGAAAUGGGGCUAUCACUACUUCUUUAAACAACUUAAGGUAAAGGAUAAAGAUGUGGAAUUAUUUAUUGGAGUAAUUGGUGGUCAAAAGAGAUAUCGCAGAUUGGUACCAAGGAUAACUCAAGAUGCACACGGUAUUCUUCUGCUUUAUGAUACUGCAAACAUUCGUACCUUUGAGAAACUUCGAGAAUGGCGUGAGAUAAUGAGGGAUUUAGCUCCAGAAGCAAUCAUAUUCAUAAUUGGUGCUCGAUCUGACCUUUUCCACAGAAGGGAAGUACUUUUUGAAGAAGGCCAAAAUUUUGCCAAAAGUGAAAAUCUUGAAUUUUUUGAAUGCAGUGCCAAGACUGGUGAAAAUGUUAAAGAAAUUUUUGAACAAAUGACUUUGAGAAUACUCGAAAAGGAAGAAUUGAUAUCAUUUAUUCACCCUUUUGAAAUUGAAAUAGAAGGAAAGUCUCCCGAAUAGAAGCAAAACAAGUACGUGCCUGUUACGCGCACUACUGAGGAAGAAAUAUUCAAUGGAUCUGCUAAUAAAACAGAAAUUCUUCCCCAAAAAGAUUCAAGUUAUCUAGAAGAUAACGAAUCGGAGUCUAGAGAUGAAGUCGAGAACUUGAUUGUGAUAAAAGAAGAUAUUAUUGGUACUCAAUCAAGCAGCAAAUUAAAACCUUUAGAACUAAACGAAAAUUACCAUCCUUCGAAUGAUAAAAAAGAUGUAAUUCCGAAAGUAGAAAAUUAUAUGCUUACAGAAAAAGAGAUGCUACUAGAAGGAAAAUGUCCAGCGUGGUUUGCUUGAAAAAAAAAACUGUUAUUUGGCUCUCUUUAAGUUAUGAUGUUUAAAGAUAAGCUUGUUUUUCCCUCACAGUUGUAAAAUUUUAUCUGACAAUUUUUAUUGCUAUUUUGUUUUUGCAAAUUCUACUUAUAAUGGAUGCUACAAGACGUAACAUGCACUUCUUGGCACUAUAAAACACGGGCGAUGACAGUGUUCUCUGUCAGAGAUUCAAUUGAAGACACUAUAUGAACUGUGCAGAUUUUAAUUUCAUUUUUAGAUUAAGCCAAACAUAGUAUUUUUUAAUGUUUAGAAUGAAAUUUGUUAGAAAAUUUUUUUAAUUGUUUUUGAAAU